GAAGAGGAACAACUUCGACUGGUUGUGGGUAGCAGGGGCUGGCCUGGAAUGGCCGAAGUAAAUGUCGGCAUCCGCAAAUGGCGGACCCAUCCAGGUCGUAAUCAGUUCCUGUGUGAUGGUCGCAUCAUUAUGGCCCGGCAAAGUUCGAUAUUCAUUUUCACGCUGUUCGUCAUCAUUGCUACAAUGACCCUUUUCUACAUCUUUGAUGCACCAUUUCUCUUCUACAAUGUAUCGCCGCUUUUACCGAUAAUUGCUGCGCUUCUGUUGUGCCUCGUGUUGGUGAAUCUUUUCAAGACGUCGUUCUCUGAUCCUGGUAUCCUUCCAAAAGCUUCAACUUUCGAGCAGCUUGAAACUGAUCGGCAAAAUAUUGUCGAGAACAAUUAUUCGCCCGAUACAGUGAGGCCACCGCCACGGAUCAAGACUGUGAUUGUGAACGGUCAAAAUGUUAAACUAAAGUAUUGCUUCUCUUGCCGAUUGUUCCGACCACCACGUUCAUCGCACUGCUCAGUAUGUGAUAAUUGCAUUCUCAAUUUUGAUCAUCACUGUCCUUGGGUGGGCAAUUGUGUUGGUAAACGCAAUUAUCGACAUUUUUAUUUCUUUAUUGUUACAUUGACAAUCCUAACGCUUUAUAUUUUUGGAUGUGUUUCCCUUCAUAUCGCUCUGUUAUCUAAAUCUGAGAAGGCAUUACUGGCUGCGGUACGUGAGAGUCCAGUUUCGUUGGUUGUUGCACUGGUGUGUUUCUUCUCAAUCUGGUCAAUAUUUGGCUUAUCCGGUUUUCAUACUUACCUCUUGUCAACGAAUCAAACAACAAACGAAGAUAUUAAAGGCACGUUUAGUUCGAAACGAACACCGCGAGUUCAGAAUCCCUACUCCAGCUCAUCGAUAUUCUGCAACUGCUUCCGCAUUCUUUGCGCACCAGAACCGCCGAGCUUAAUUGAUCGUCGAGGUUUCAUAGUUCAAGAUCCGGUCAUUGUGGUACGUUCCUGUGAGCGGCCAUUAUCUAGCAACUCUCUUGACCGACCUUCGCCUCGACAAUUUUUUCAAUUGGCAGUCGAGUAA